CGCUCCGCCAGCCGACAACGUUCUGCAUCAGCAGGCCCGGCUCGAUGUCGUGGAUGACCUCUUCGGCGAGCAUACGCAAGCUCCAGGCAGGCGACUCUUCGAAUAUGACCUACUUUGCACUUCGCUUCGAUGUGGGUGCCCAGGUGUAUAAGAGUGCCCAAUGCCCGGCUCAGCAACACCCUUACGCCUCCCGAUAUACAACCAAAGCAAGCGCGCUAGAAAACCAUGGCUCAACCUCGACUUCGCGUAGCAAUCGUCGGCGCCGGUAUUGGUGGCCUCGUAACGGCUCUUUGUCUGUCGAAGCACGACGAUAUAGAAGUCACGAUCUACGAGAGCGCCCAUCGCCUUGCAGCACUAGGUGCAGGGAUUGGCUUCUGGCCGAGAUCCCGAGAGAUUCUCAAAGCCCUUGAUCUUGAGGAUACGCUUAUCGAGACUGCAGGGACUACCGCGCCCGGUCCCGAAGGGACCAACUACGUCUGCAGGAAGAGCGACCAGCCGGAGGGCUAUGUAUUCUACACGAUCAAGACUGGCGGACAGCUCCGCCUACAUCGCGCCGACUUCCAGACCGCAUUAGUUGAGCGUCUCAAGCAGGUCGGCGGCCCUCAGCCCAUCUGCUCCAAGCGGCUCGUCUCGUACACCGACACCGCCGGCACGCCUGUCGAGCUCGCUUUCGAAGACAGAACGAAUGUGACAUGCGACCUGCUCAUCGGCGCCGACGGCAUGAAGUCGCGCGUGAGGGCGGCGAUGAUGGAGAAGCUCGCUGAGGGUGCGAAGGACGCGGUUGGGGCGGAGAUGUAUAGGGAGUCUGCGAAACUGGUUUGGAGCGGGUACAUCGUCUAUCGGUGCAUGCUCCCGGCCGGGAAGCUGCGGCAGCGUGCGCCAGAGCACUCGCUGCUCUCCACGCCUAUGGUGUAUACCGGCAGCAACAACAAUGCCAUCAUCGGCUACACCAUCCAAGGCGGCGAGCAAGUCAACGUCGUUGUCUGGACCUCUCACCUCGCGCACGAAAACGGCCAAUAUUCCGGCGGCGAGUGGAUGGGCAAGGGACGCAAGUCCGAGUUCGUCGACCGCUUGCAAGGUUGGGAGCCCGAGGUGCAAGCCUUGCUUGAUUGCUUCGACGAGGAACCCCUUCGCUGGGUAAUUCACGUCACGAAGCCCGAGGGCCUACCAACGUACACUCAUGGCAGGGCAGUCGUCUUAGGGGAUGCGGCUCACACCAUGCUGGCAUUCCAAGGCAGUGGCGCCGGGCAGGCUGUAGAGGAUGCCUGGAUCCUCUCAAACCUUAUAAGCGACCCGAAGGUCACGCGCGAGACGCUCCCCACCGCACUGCGCGUAUACGACACCGUCCGCCGCCCCUUCGACAUACGCGCGCAGGAGCUCGCACGGGUGGACGGGCACAUGAUGGUGCUAGACUACAAGGGCACUGAUAUCGAAGACGUCGACGAGAGGACGGCGCUCUCUCGUUGUGGGGCGACGAUUCAGCGAGAUUGGGAGUGGCUGUGGACGACCUCGGCAGAGGGCAUGGUGCAGGCGAGCUUGAACCAACUCCAUGAGGAGCUACGGGCAUGAGCAAGGGAUGUGCUGCCUUCCAUCGUGAGGUGCCAAUCAUCAAUUGUUGAUCGACUAUAGACAGAGGUACCCGCGUUCAACAACGUAAGCUACUCUACAAUUUCAGUACCUGCCUGUCCGAUGAAGUGCGUGCACGUCCGAGAAUUGGCGUACCCGUGACGCCGUCCAGUCUGGGCUCUUGGCCUGACCUGCGAAGGUGAGACCGACGGGGCGAGCGUUUCUACAUACCUCUUGUCCGCAUCCCAAUCACGGCGGAUACCUUGAACAAGGGAGUUGUCCACCUGCACCGAACUUACGCAGCCCUAUUCCACUUUCCUUGAGAAGCUGUACCAAAGGAUACGGAUAGUAUAUGCACUCCCGUGCCCUGAGCAACCGGGGAUAUACGUGCGAGGUCAGUGGCAUACGAAGCUGCUGGAAGACGUAUGAACCAGCAUAGAACGUACCUCCUCAGC